AUGAAGGAGGUUAUUGAAGCCUGGACAAAGCCGAAACACAUCAAGAUCGAUUUUGGUAGGGAACAAGUUGAAUCAUCGGAAGAUAGGAUUGUGGUUAGUAUAGAACUGAGAAGGCAAUGGAGCAAGUAUGGCGGAUUCCAUUUAACAUCAAUUGGCAUGAACUGGAUUCUUUGUUCUUUCAAGACGGAGGAGUUUGUGGAGGAAAUUCUCAAUGGUGGACCGUGGUAUGUCGGUGGCUAUAUUAUCGGUAUGGAUAGGUGGUCCUCUUUUUUCGAUCCUUAUUCCUUUAAGGGGAUAUCCGAUCCUAUUUGGAUCAGAUUCCCUUGUUUGUCGUUAUACUACUGGGAUGAGGAUAAUAUAGCAAGAAUAGCAUCUCGUUUUGGUAUACCGAUGUAUAUAGAUGGAAAUACAUUUCGAUGGGGGAAGCAGGAAUUCACUCGAUUCUGUGUUAAAAUUAAUUUGGAGAAAAAGCUGCUAAAUGGACUUUGGGUAGAAGGAUCCGCUGGAAGAUUUUUUCAACAGGUGGAGUAUGAGAAGGUUGAUCUGCUUUGUUAUCACUAUGGUCGAGCGGGACAUGAUAAGGUUGAAUGUCCUGAUGGUGUUGUUCAGGGGAUUACAGAUCAGAAUAUUAGUAAACCAGCUGCUGAUAAAGAUGAAGCAAUGAAGAUAAUUCCUGAAGCAAAUCCCGCUGUGAUGAGUCAGAAUACGGCCCGUGGAUACAUGUUCAAUUCUAGAAUAAACAUUUUAUUAAGGAUAAAGGUGUUGGAAGAUAAGUGA